AUGAUGAAAGCUCUUCGCAUCCUCUCGAAACAGCUGCCUACAAUCCUCGUGAAUGCACUACCGCAAGAGAUCCUUUCGCCGAGUAUAUCUCUCCAUUUAUUCCCAUCUACACACCCACAUCUUCCUACCGUUAAAGGACGAGUGCCCUAUCGAGCUGCAUUAUGGACUGCUCCUGUGGCAUGGGGCAGUGUUCCUAUCAUCGGGAACGUCAACCUACGAAUAGUAAGCGAGCGGGUAGUCCCAACAGGUAUUGCUAAUGGAGGCGAUCGGAAUGAUAGUCCUGGUGGUGAAAAACUCGUUGUACGCUGGGUGACCGAGGGUGCAGACCGCCCAGCUUCUAAAGUCGGCCGCGGCUCAGAGGUAGAUGAUUACAUUGCACCAGACCGAGCGCAUCGGGAACAAAGCACAAACAAGGAAAACCCUAUGAGCUCAUCUUCCGCUCUAAAUGGGACGAAUAGGGGACUCAGCAUGUUGCUCGGCGGAGAAAUGCCUAUAUUCAAACUUGGAAAAGAGGAGCAGUUUUCCGGGCUUUUCAUUUUCACUUUCGACGAAGAAGGCCGGAUUGCUACGCAUACUAUUGAGCAUGCUGAUGAAGGCAACGGGUGGGAUCGAACGGCCAAAGUGGUCACUCUAACAGACUGGCUCCUGGGAAAGGCAAAAGGAAGCGCCUCCGGACAGAUUGUUCCUCCUCAGCCUGCCUUUGUAGCAGGAAAGGCUAGGGAAACUUCUCGGCCACGUUAUCGCUUCGGCCCGUUCGAAAUCUGA